AUCUUUGCCAGUGGAAAGGGAAGAAACUCGGAACUCAUUUUAAGCUUGGAGCAUAGAAAGAGCGAGCUCGUCAACAAUUCUCUCUAAAGAUAAAUUUUAGAAGCAAAGAAUAUAAGAGCUCGGCGUUAUGGUUAGACAGAAAGGAGAAUCCGGCGGCCGGAGCAAGUAUCGUCCUUCAAGCAGCAGUCUCGCUGCUUCGCUGUUGCCGUCGGGUUCUGCUGCCGCCGUGGGAUUCGGUGGCUAUGUUGGUAGCUCUCGUCUCGAUACCUCUCUUUCUAGCGAAGAAGCAAGCGCCAUUUUGGAUAUAGAUAGUGAAGUUGCAGUGCACUUGAAGAGAUUGGCUAGGAAGGAUCCUACUACCAAGCUUAAAGCUCUGCAUUCUCUAUCUGUUCUGUUCAAGCAAAAGUCUGGAAAGGACUUGGUACUAAUUAUUCCACAAUGGGCAUUUGAAUACAAGAGGCUGUUGUUGGAUUAUAAUAGAGAAGUUCGGCGAGCCACUCAUGAAACCAUGAACAACCUUGUUGUUGCCGUUGGAAGAGAUUUAGCUCCACACCUGAAAUCUUUGAUGGGACCAUGGUGGUUUUCUCAAUUUGAUUCGGUUUCUGAAGUUUCUGUAGCUGCAAAGCAAUCACUACAGGCUGCCUUUCCAGCACAGGAAAAGAGAUUGGAUGCUUUAAUAUUGUGCACAACUGAAGUAUUCAUGUAUUUGGAGGAAAAUUUAAAGCUCACACCACAAAGUAUGUCAGAUAGAGCAGCUGCUUUGGAUGAAUUGGAGGACAUGCAUCAGCAGGUGAUAUCUUCAUCCAUACUGGCAUUAGCCACGCUUCUUGAUGUUUUGGUUUGCAUGCAAUCUGAACGACCUGGAUUUGAAAAUUUACCUGCUGAAUCAAAGCAUGCUUCAAAGGCUAGAGUGACUGCUAUUUCUUUUGCUGAAAAGUUAUUCUCUGCCCACAAAUAUUUUCUUGACUUUCUGAAGUCCCAAAGCCCUGCAAUUCGUUCUGCUACAUAUUCAGCCCUAAAGAGUUUCAUUAAAAACAUUCCUCAUGCCUUCAACGAAGGAAAUAUGAAAACUCUUGCUGCUGCAAUACUUGGUGCAUUUCAGGAAAAGGAUCCUAGUUGUCAUUCGUCAAUGUGGGAUGCACUAUUGCUAUUUUCAAGAAAGUUUCCUGAAAGUUGGACUCUGUUGAAUGUUCAGAAAAUUGUGCUAAACCGGUUUUGGCAUUUUCUUAGGAAUGGUUGCUUUGGAUCUCAGCAGGUUUCUUAUCCAGCUUUGGUAAUAUUUUUGGAUAUUUUGCCUUCUAAAUCAGUAGAGGGAGAGAAGUUUUUUCUUGAAUUUUUCCAUAACCUAUGGGAUGGAAGGACCUUGUCCAAUUCAACAAGUUCUGCUAAUCUAGCAUUUUUCCGGGCAUUUAAAGAAUGUUUCCUUUGGGGAUUGCAUAAUGCAUCAAGGUAUUGUGAUAGUUUGGAUUCUUUACAUCAUUUUAGAGUCGCUCUCGUUGAUAAUAUAGUAGUGAAACUUCUGUGGCAAGAAUACCUGUUUGUUGGCUUCAAGAAUCAGAAUAGAGCAUCCUAUGGAAUGUCUAAGGAUCCUUCUGAGGAUGGCUGUUUAACUACUGACCAGAAGAUUGUGGAAUCAUUGAAUAUCAAGUAUCCUGUUAAUUAUUUGCAAGAGUCAGGAAAAUGCAUUGUGGAAAUUCUUUCAGGCAUUUAUUCAAUGGAACAUGAUCUACUUGCUACUUUUUGCAUGGCAUUUCAGGAGAAUUGCCUAAAGAUGUUUGAGCAAAAAGAGAACACAGGAAGAAAUACUGAAAAUUUUGAACCUGUCAUUAAAUUUUUGUCAUUGCUGGAACAGCAUUCAGUGCGAAAAGGUGAAACUUGGCCUUUGGUUUAUUUAGUGGGACCAAUGUUGGCCAAGUCUUUCCCAUUGAUAAGAUCUCAUGACAUACCAGAUGGUUUGAGGCUUCUGUCAGUUGCAGUUUCAUUAUUUGGACCGCGUAAGAUAGUCCAGGAACUUUUCUUCUGCAAUGAAAAUCAUUGCUCUUCUUCCCUCGCAGAUGAUAGGGACAAAGAAUUGGAACCAGAGUCUUUCAUGAAAGUGUUCAAAGAAACAUUUGUUCCAUGGUGUCUGGUUGGAUAUAAUACCUCCAGCAGUACUCGACUUGAUCUCUUGCUUGCAUUUCUCAAUGAUGAAUAUUUCUCUGAGCAGUGGAGUGCAAUUAUUUCUCAUGCAAUUUGUCAAGCACAUAAAACUGAGCCUGGGUCCCUAGAAUCUGACUACUUAGUUCUGUUGGCAAUGCUUUUAGAGAAAGCAAGGUUUGAAAUUGCAAACAGGAGACUUGAAGAAGAUUCUAAUCGUCGGCACUGGUCCAACCCAGAUGACUGGCAUCAUGAUCUUCUUGAAUCAACUGUAGUUGCUGUCGCUAGCUCCUCUUUUCCCUUGGGAGCUUCAUCUGCUCAGUUUGUGUGUGCUGUUCUUGGUGGCUUGACAGAAGACGAUCAAAUCUCUUUUGUGUCCAGAAGUGCAAUGAUUUUGGUAUAUAAGGAGGUUUCCAAAAAGUUGCUUGCUUUUAUUUAUGAGUCCCCUUUCUGUUCAGUUAGGGAUUCAGGUUGUCUUUUAAUAGCUGGAGCAAACAAUUUUUCGGUGGAUGGUGGGAUUUCUACAAAUGUGAUUAAGAUAGCUCAGUUUGCAUUGGAUGUACUUGGUGGUAGUUUAUAUUGCUUAAAAACAUUCAGUGAGGAAAUUGGGCUAGUUUCAGAUGUUUUGGCUCCAGUGUUUAUCAUGAACUGGGAACACAGCAUGGAAGCAACAAUAGAUGAUGCAUUUGAUGAAUCAAAGGAGAAAAUUAAGGGCCGGUCUGAGAUUAGUGAGUCUAUGCAUAGAUUUCACGGCAAGAUAAAUGACAAAUUUUGGAAAAGCCUCAGCAUUGACAUUCUGAAUAGAUUGGGGAGUAUCUUAGUUCAGUUUAUUAGGUCUGUUGUAUUCAAGGAAGGUAAGCUUAAUGCGAAUAGCAUCACUUCUUUGUGCUGCAAAUGGAUGCUUGAAGUUCUUGAUUGUCUCUGCUGUGAUCAAUAUGAGGAACAAUAUCUGUUAGACCAGCUUCUGAGGAAAGAAGAUACAUGGCCAUCAUGGAUUGUUCCAGACUUCAUUGCCCAAGAAGGGUCUUCUUCGUUGAAUACCAUUGAUGUUUCCACUGAUAUCAUUGCAUAUGGGACUCACAAGUUUGUUUCUUUAAUCGACAAACUUAUAAUCAAGAUUGGGCUUGAUAGAGUUUUUGCAGUUUAUGUAGAACAUAACCCUUCAUCUCCUUCGAAUAAACCAACCAAUGAAGAGCUUACUGCUCGAGCCUGGCUUGCUGCUGAAAUUUUAUGCACAUGGGAAUGGCCAGGAGGCAGUGCUACAACUUCUUUCUUGCCCCUUCUAAGUGCAUUUUCCAAGACUUUGAAUUAUAUUUCCCAGGAAAGCCUGUUGGAUUCCAUCUUCAGCAUUUUACUUGGUGGUGCUCUUGUUCAUGGAGAAAGUGGUACUUACUGUUCAUUCAAUUUGUGGUCUGCUAUAGGUGAUGAAUUGGACAAAAUUAAAGAACCUUUUUUGAGAGCUCUUUUGUCAUUGCUCAACACUCUGUUCAAAGAUCAUGUAUGGGAAGGAAACAAAGCUAUGAAACUUUUUGAGUUGCUCGUCAAUAAGCUUUACAUAGGUGAAGCAAUAAACCAGAAUUGUUUGAAGAUUCUUCCUCUGAUUGUCAGCAUUCUUGUUCAACCUCUAUGUAGGAGAAGCAUCGUACCUGGUGAAUCUAGUGGCGACGUUGAACUUAAUAAUUCAGGUGAAAAUUGGAUACGGGAUACCAUUAAAGAUUGGCUUCAAAGGAUUCUAUUGUUCCCGCCUAUUGUUUCAUGGCAAACAGGACAAGAUAUGGAAGAAUGGUUCCAGCUGGUUAUUGCUUGUUAUCCUUUUAGUGCAAUGGGCAGUACUAAAUCAUUGAAGCUGGAGAGAGACAUAAGCCUUGAAGAGAGAGAACUCAUACUUGAUUUAUUUCGAAAGCAGAGACACAAUGCUAGUGUCUUGGCAGCAGGUAAUCAGUUGCAAAUGGCACAGAUGGUGCUGUCAAAGUUAAUGGUUAUUUCUGUUGGUUAUUGCGGGAAAGAUUUUACUGAGGAAGACUGGGAGUUUUUCUUUUUGCAAUUGAGGUCUUGGAUUCAGUCAGCUGUUGUGAUUAUGGAGGAAGUUGCAGAAAAUGUGAAUGAUCUUAUCACUGACAACUCUAGUUCUGAAAUUUCGGAUGUUCUUAGGAAUCUUGAGCAGCUUGUUUGGAUCUCAGACCUUGGUCCUAUAAAUGUUGCUAUUAAUGCGCUAGCAUCGUUUUCUUUGUUUUGUGGGGUCUUGAGACAUCAACAACCAGAUAUGAAUCCAAACCCCCUGAGGCUGGAAAGAUGGAAUCCAGUUAGAGAUCGAAUCCUGGAAGGUAUUCUUCGCUUGUUCUUUUGCACUGGCAUUGCUGAGGCGAUUGCAAGUUCUUAUUGUCAUGAAGCUGCAUCAAUUACAGCCACAUCUCGGCUCGAUAAUCCCUACUUCUGGGAGUUGGUGGCUUCAAAUGUUAUUAACUCGUCACCACAUGUUAGAGACAGAGCAGUGAAAUCAGUUGAAUUUUGGGGGCUAGGCAAAGGCCCUAUAAGCUCUUUGUAUGCAAUUCUGUUCUCCUCUAUACCAGUUCCACCAUUGCAGUUUGCUGCUUAUGUUAUUCUCUCAACAGAACCUGUUUCACAUUUGGCUAUCAUCGAAGAAGAUGCUGCUUGUUCCUUGGAUGGCGAUAUUAGUGGCAACCUGGAUUCAUGUCAGCUUGAACUGUCAUCAGAAAAAAAUGUUCACUUGAAGGAGGAAUUAUCUUGUGUGAUUGAAAAACUACCUUAUGAGGUUCUUGAAAUGGAUUUCACUGCACAUCAAAGGGUAAACGUCUUCCUUGCUUGGUCUUUGUUGCUAUCACAUUUGUGGUCAUUACCAUCACUGUCAGCUGCAAGGGAGCAAUUGGUCCAGUAUGUACAAGAUUCGGCUAAUUCAGUGAUCCUAGAUUGCCUCUUCCAGCACAUUCCUUUGGAAUUGUGCAUGGCACAAAGUCUUAAAAAGAAAGAUGUGGAUCUUCCUGCUGGGGCAUCAGAGGUUGCAAGUGCAGCAACAUCUGCCAUAACAACAGGUUCAUUAUUGUUCUCUGUGGAAUCAUUAUGGCCUAUUGCCCCUGAGAAAAUGGCUUCACUUGCAGGGGCAUUAUUUGGUUUGAUGCUCCGUGUUCUUCCUGCUUAUGUUCGAGGUUGGUUUACUGAUUUACGUGACCGUUCAACAUCAUCUCUAAUUGAAGCAUUUACAAGAACGUGGUGCAGUCCUCCCCUAAUUAUGAAUGAACUGUCCCAGAUAAAGCAAUUCAAUUUUGCUGAUGAGAAUUUUUCAGUCAGCGUAAGCAAAUCAGCAAAUGAGGUAGUUGCUACAUAUACAAAGGAUGAGACUGGAAUGGAUCUAGUUAUUCGUCUUCCUGCAUCUUACCCAUUACGUCCUGUGGAUGUUGAUUGUAUGAGAAGCCUUGGCAUUAGUGAAGUAAAGCAGCGGAAAUGGUUGAUGUCAAUGAUGCUGUUUGUUCGUAAUCAGAAUGGCGCGCUAGCUGAAGCUAUACGGAUAUGGAAGAGCAAUUUUGACAAGGAAUUUGAAGGUGUUGAGGAGUGCCCCAUAUGUUACAGUGUUAUCCACACUGCCAACCAUAGUCUUCCUCGCCUUGCAUGCAGAACUUGCAAGCACAAAUUCCAUGCUGCCUGCCUAUACAAGUGGUUCUCAACCUCUCACAAAUCAUCUUGUCCAUUGUGCCAGUCUCCAUUUUGAACUAGGCAUCACGUACAAGUUGAAUUUCAUGGAUCUUGCCUCACAGUAAUCUGACGAUGUGAAGAAGUUCAGGAAAAUACAUGUAUAGUUCAUACAAAACUUGGAAGCUUCCCCCUCGUAAAUCUCGCAUUCCCACCCACAUGGGUGUGCACAUCCUUGGCUCCGAUAUUUUGAGUGGUAUCGGUCUGAGUAGUGGCCAACCUCAUUCCUUUAAUGGGAGAGCAUAGAGGAUACAUAGAAAAUGGUAAGAUAUCGGUUCUAUGAAAACAAUACUUUGGAGUGUCAGUGUUACUAGAGAACUUGUGAUCUCCAUACAAAAAUGAGGAAGUUGCCUUGACUUCACUUAAGGGCACUAGUAUUUGCAUGCUCUGCUGAGCAGAUUGCUCAGCAGUAAUUGAUAGACUCAAAUCUUUUUAGCUUCAAAUUUCUUCAAGAUCACUUCUGCUGGGCUGAGCUGCUCUAGUGUUUUGAAGUGAGGGCUUGUUCUUUGUUCACACAAGAUUUUCAAGAAGCUAAUUAAUUGGCGGUAAAAAUUGCUGUUGGCCCUCAUCUCAUAUCUUCAACCGAGUCAACCUGACAGCAAAGAGUAUAUAGGUUUUUAUGAACCAUUUGAGAAUUUUGGAUAAAAAAUAUGAUUUUCGUUCUAAGCACCAUUGGGAAUAAAGUUCUAAGCAAUAUUUUAAAGAA